CGAACGUCCGGCUUCACUGCUCCACCACUUUGCUCUCAAACUCUGUGCGCUCAAACACGACCACCAUCAUCCUCGGGCUGGCCGUCGAGUGCCUCAACGCACCUGAGCUCACCGUUGCUCUGUGCCACAUCUGCUUUGGCAGCCUUGCUCCCAUCUUCGACCUGCGAAUCUUGCUCGGCCCCCUCACUCGCCUCUGAGAACAUCAACCACCCUUUUGCUCGCUAUCGACGACAUGGAAGAAGCGUCGUCCUCGCGCGGUCGUCGCGAUGCAGACGACCGGCGGUCGGGAGACCCCCAGUCAUCACACAGUCGGGCUGCCUUCUCUGCGAAGGAUGACCGUCGCAGCAGAGAUGAACACGACAGAGACCCGCCCCACAAUGGUUCCGGGCGUGGGUAUGGCUAUGAACAAAGCUCACGUCAGGAGUCGUCUUCAUGGCCUUCAAGACAUGACAGAGGUGGUAGACACGGCGAAGGGCCGGAAGAUGACAUGCGUAAUCAUCAGAGUGAGAGAGGUCGUAGCAGAUACGGUGAAGACAGGCGAGAUUCUGGUUGGCCACGAAGAGAUGUUGGUGGUUCUGACCGGCGAGGGAGUCCUCGAGACCAGCCCACACCACGGGAUGAACGUUCAUGGGAGCCCGCCGCAUCGUGGAAACCCGUUGGCCGCGGCGACCCGCCUCAACGUCAGAACAGCUCCAAGAAAAACUCUCGCCACAAAAAUGGGAAGGGGAAGAAGAGCAAGCAGCAGAAGCGGGAUUGGAGAGCGGAUGAUAGUCAGUUGAACAACUGGACGCGAAGAGACAGUGCACAGUCAGCCAAGCAGAGCAGCCGGCCUAGUAAACGUAAGCAGCGGCGGUCGCCUUCACGAGGGCGAUCACGGUCCCCAGCGGACUCCUACUACUCAAGGCGGUCUUCUCGUGGACGCUCCCCGUCCAUCGACGCCCACGGCCUCGACGUCGUCUCGACAGUCCUCCCGGCCGUAGUCUAGUCCCUCCGCUCGACGUGGCAAGAAAAUGGCAAUGCGCGUAGCGAUACUCUCAAUCGCCAUCAUGGUCUCGCAGUCCCGAUAGCCGUGGCCGGAGCAGUCCCCAUCGUUCACCAACUGAUAUCGGGAAGUGGGGAAGGGGCAGAAGUAGAACUAUCAGCCCGAGCCUCAGCAGGAGCAGGAGCC